AUGGCGAAAACCAUCUCUGUGCAACAGGCUAAUAAGGAGCAUACCCUUGUUGUAUCCAGGGACUUCAUUUCCCAACCCCGUCUAACCUACAAAACAGUCUCGGGAGUGAAUGGACCAUUAGUAAUCCUUGAUGAGGUGAAAUUCCCUAAAUUCUCUGAGAUUGUACAGCUCAAACUUGCAGAUGGCACCCUACGUUCAGGACAGGUGUUGGAGGUCAGCGGAUCAAAAGCUGUGGUCCAGGUAUUUGAAGGUACAUCAGGAAUUGAUGCCAAAAACACUCUUUGUGAAUUUACUGGUGACAUUCUACGUACACCAGUGUCUGAAGACAUGUUGGGUCGUGUAUUUAACGGCUCUGGAAAGCCCAUUGACAAGGGUCCACCAAUCUUGGCAGAGGACUACCUUGACAUUCAGGGACAGCCAAUCAACCCCUGGUCACGUAUCUACCCUGAGGAAAUGAUCCAGACUGGUAUUUCUGCUAUUGAUGUGAUGAACUCAAUUGCCCGUGGUCAAAAGAUCCCCAUCUUCUCAGCAGCCGGUUUGCCCCACAAUGAAAUCGCCGCCCAGAUCUGUCGUCAGGCCGGUCUUGUCAAGCUCCCCGGUAAAUCAGUGAUGGAUGACCACGAAGACAACUUCGCCAUCGUAUUCGCCGCUAUGGGUGUGAACAUGGAGACAGCCCGAUUCUUCAAGCAGGACUUCGAAGAGAAUGGCUCUAUGGAGAAUGUGUGUUUGUUCCUUAACCUCGCCAACGAUCCUACCAUUGAGAGAAUUAUUACCCCACGUUUGGCUCUCACGGCUGCUGAGUUCUUGGCCUACCAGUGCGAGAAACACGUACUUGUAAUUCUGACUGACAUGUCUUCCUACGCUGAAGCGUUGCGUGAAGUGUCCGCCGCCCGUGAGGAAGUACCCGGACGAAGAGGUUUCCCAGGUUACAUGUACACGGAUUUGGCCACAAUUUACGAGCGAGCGGGACGUGUCGAAGGCCGUAACGGAUCAAUCACACAGAUCCCAAUUCUUACCAUGCCUAACGACGAUAUUACUCACCCAAUUCCUGACUUGACGGGUUAUAUUACUGAGGGACAGAUCUACGUCGACCGUCAGUUGCACAACCGUCAGAUCUACCCUCCAGUCAACGUGCUGCCAUCUCUGUCCCGUCUCAUGAAGUCCGCUAUCGGAGAGGGCAUGACCCGAAAGGACCACUCUGAAGUCUCCAACCAACUGUACGCGUGUUACGCCAUUGGUAAAGACGUGCAGGCGAUGAAGGCCGUCGUGGGAGAAGAGGCUUUGACGCCCGAUGACUUGCUCUACCUCGAGUUCCUUACCAAGUUUGAGAAGAAUUUCAUCACGCAGAGUAACUACGAGAACCGCACCGUGUUUGAAUCCUUGGACAUCGGCUGGCAACUCCUGCGUAUCUUCCCCAAGGAGAUGCUUAAGCGUAUUCCGGCCGCCACUCUUGCGGAAUUCUACCCUCGAGACUCGCGUCAUUAA